CUCAUCUCUCACUUGCUCUCUUCCCAUUUCCUUCUUCAACAACUCUUGUUCAUGCUCUUCCAACAACCCCCCACCCCCAACAUCAUCAUCAUGCAUACCUUAAUUCCAUUCUCUUUUCUUCAUUACGAUUCAAACCCCUGAUUUGUUUGUUUAAGUCUUUCCACUGUUGUAAUUCAGCAGAUUGCUCUGGGCCUCGCCAAAAUUUGAUCUUUUUGUGGUUUUAGUGAUGGAGGGAGCUGAAGGAAGCAGAGAUAAAUUCAAUCUUUCUCUGCGAAUGAACGGCCUUUCAGGAGAUCCGGUGCACAAAUUCAUGAAGCAAAGCCAUUGCCGGGAGAAUGGAAAUGAACAGGGAGUGGAGGAUGAUGCGGAAAUGGAGCUGAGUUUGGGGCUGUCGAUGAACGGUAGAUUUGGAGUCGACCCGUCGAGGAAAAAGCUGAAACGCUCGUCUUCCAUAUCAGACUUGGUUUUCACAAUUGGUGCUGUUGACAAUGGGAGCAGCCACCGAGCGCGUGGGGCGGCGUUUGAGGGGUACGCGCCGCUGGUGAGGACACACUCCCUGCCGACUGAAGCGGAGGAGGAGUGGCGCCGCCGCAAGGAGUUCCAGUCCAUGAGGCGCAUGGAAGCGAGGAAGAAGAGGAUGGAGAAGUUGAGGAAUGUAAGAGUGGUGAAGGAUAAGGAGAACUCUUCUGGUGAUGUUAAUUGUGAAAAUGUUAAUGGAAGUGUGAAUGGUCAAAGGCUUGAUUCUGGGAUUGCAAAUAGGUUUGAGGAUGGGAAUGGAAUGUCAUCACCACAAGGGUCGAUUGGAUCACGAGGGAGCGGCUCAUCUGGAACCUCUGAUCUUCUAGCUAACCAGACAGAGGCAGGAUCAAAGCGAAAUGCUGAGGCUUCACCUUCCAGUGUUCAAGAACAGGGCGAGCAGGAAUCUGCUGUCAGAGCCCCUGAUAGGGAUGUGAAGAGGGCUAACAGUCUGAUUAAGAAUGCAAUGCUUGAUAUGCCUUAUGUGACCACCAAGGAAGAUGGGCCUAAUGGUCACAAGAUAGAAGGAUUCCUGUACAGAUACAGAAAGGGGGAGGAAGUCAGAAUAGUCUGUGUUUGCCAUGGCAUGUUUCUUUCGCCAGCAGAAUUUGUCAAGCAUGGUGGUGGCGGUGAUGUGGAGCACCCGUUGAAGCACAUAGUAGUUAACCCUUUUCCUCUCUUGUGAAAUGCAACACGUGUUUGCCGAUCGUUAAUGGAAGAGAGAGCUGAAAGUCUAGCUUUAGUUUCAGGAUUGAACUUUUUGUUUUUAGACUACUUGACGAGAAGAAGCAGAUGAGAGUUUGUAUUUCGAGUUCAUUGAUUUGGUCUCCUCAACUAUGCAGAUAUUGUUUGUUCGUCUCA